AUGACGGAGACUACAUCGACCAUUGAUGCGGCCACCGCAUAUCUCGACGAGGAAAUCGACAGUUCAGGUGAAGGAGAUCUUACCUAUGAAAUAGGCACCAUAUUCAAGAGCUUGUUUGCUACAGACAGGUGUAUAACUCCUCGUGAUGCAGCACAUCAAAUUGAUGCCGUUUACUCAGACAUCUGGUUCCCUAUGGAUCCCACGUUUCGCUUCCGGCCAGACAAAGGCAUGCCUGGCUACCUAGGAACCUUGAAUGAGUUUAUUUUCACACUCGCACGGUUACUUCGUUAUGAUGAUAUCCGACAGGAUACUCUGUUCUUGUUGAUUCUUGAGAUGCUGGAACUCCCGCCUCGCGCGGCUCAGAUCUGGGAUGAGGACUGUAAGCUCUACAAACAUAAUCCCAUGUUCAAUUUAAAUAUGGAUGAUGAUUGGAACAUGAACUCUAUUCCCGAUAGUAUGCUUGAUGAAGACGAUACUACGUCUGCUUCAGAUAUACAGGAGAAAUGUGACGACUACAUGAAUUAUUCUGCAUUCCUUGCGCGCUGCACCGGUGCUGGUCUAUAUAAAAAUAAAACAACCGAUUCGGGGUAUAAAUAUUGUACGUAUGGAAUCGAUGAUGGACUUGAGAAGGAUAUGCCACAAGGUAUCAUACGGAAAUCUCGGAUAUUAGUUGCUGCCAACUAUGUCCUCUUAUCUGGGCGACCUGUCAGAGACUUUUGUUAUAGCUACCCAUCAGACAGUGAUCGCGGGAAAAUGGAACGAGACAUGUGGAAUUCGUGGAAGGAAAGAUUUAAAGUGGUUGCGGAUAGCCAGGACGAGGACCCUGAAAUUAAAGAAGUCACCAGGAAGGCUCACAAGAUAAUGGUAGAUUAUUAA